AUGGCAGAUGAAGUGACUGACUCAUCCAAUCAUGAGCAGUUUGUUAUUUGUCUACGGUGGGUUGAUAGCAUAUCAUUUGCUGUUAAUAAAGAUUUGGUUGGUUUUUAUCAAGUUGAUGACAUCACUGCAAGUACACUUUUUUCCUCAUUGAAAGAUGUUUUACUCCGUUUGAACAUUAAUAUACAAAACUGUCGUGCACAAUGUUUUGAUGGUGCUAGCAAUAUGAUUGGUGCACGAAGUGGUGUCGCAACUUUAGUCCAAAAGGAGGAGCCUCGUGCUAUUUUAGUCCAUUGUUAUGGCCAUUCCUUGCAGCUUGCAGUUUGUGAUACUGUUAAGCAAAUAAGAAUAAUGUCUGAUGCUCUUGACACAACUAAUGAGAUAUCCAAGCUGCUGAAGUACUCACCCAAACGUGACACUUUUUGA